UCGGAUUGCUCUCUCUCUCCCGCUUUUUGUGUUCUACUCAAUUUUGAGAACACAUUUAUUUCGGAAAAUAAUAUUUCUGAAGACAUGCUCUAGAAGUUUUUGACGGCAGUAGUAGUAGUCGUAUAUUUCCUAUUUCCCCAUGGAAAAUCCACAACUUUCGUAUAUUUCCUAGCAUUUCCUUCCUAAUAUUCCACAAAAUGGCUCCACCGAAAGAUCCACCAGUGCUGAGGAAUCUACAAGCCACAGCGGACUUGCUAGACGCUCUUCAAAAUGACCCAUCAUUACUCAACGAUGAGGAGUUCAUCAAGCGUCUCUCAAUUUUGCGUCAAAAACACGAGGAGACCACCAACUUCCUUGCCAAGAAGCUCGGCGCCCCACCGUUGCCAACUAUGAUGACGUCAUCAGAAAUUACACAGCAUAGGUCGAGCUAUAAGGUGACAAAAUCUUCGAGUUGUCAUUUUCAAGAUGAAGCUUCUCCUUCUGACUAUCAAAUGCCACGUCAUCUAGAUCUGAAACCGAGAUCUUCAGAAGUGAGAGUCCCUGUUCGGGCCGCACCGGAGCCUCCGAGGGAGCAGUCUUGGAGUCAAACUGAGUAUGCCACGUUGGCUCACAAUCAAAGCCACGAGGCACUUUAUGAGGAUCCACGUCAUCAGGUUCAUGCUACAUCAUCCCAUCAGAAUCCACGUCAUCAAAGCUCUCGGCACCACAAUAUCGAAUCUACAGCACCAUCACAGGUCUCUGUUACGUCAUCAGUCCAAAGUGUAGCGGCUUUAUCUGGCCAAAAUCCUCGUCAGCAGGUUCAUGCUACGCCAUCCCAUCAAAUUCCACGUCAUCAAAGCUCUAGAACCCACCAAAAUUCACGUCAACAGGUUCCGAGUGCUACAUCAUCAACUCUCCAAAAUCCACGUCAUCGAACAUCCAGCGCGUCACGUCAUCAUUCGACAAGAAAUGCCACGUCAGCAACAGUCCGGCAAAUUUUGGCAAACGCAUCGACCCGGCACCUCAGCUCCGCACCACACAUCGCCACUUCCGUCGCCAUGCCAUCAGGGUUACUGUUAUCUUCUAGUAAUACGAAACACGUGGCAUCUUCUAAGUCAGAAAAUCCACAAUUUGCCACGUCAUCACACGUUGUUGAGGAGAGUUUUUUAGAGGACGGAAUGUCAACGACACGGGAAGUUCCAACAAUUCGGGAUGAAGUUGUAGCGGGCGACUUAAAGCUUUCUAAGAAUCGAUCCAAGUCUAUGCAUCAGCUAUCAAAGUAUACACCACAGGUUACCGUACCGAAGCCGUUUCAGUUGAGCUUGAGAAAAUCCACUGGAAAUACUUACGCAAAAAAGUUCAUGAGCGGCCUAAUUACGGAAAAGCAAAAACUUGAGGAGGACGCCAAGAAAGCAUUGGAAAACACAAAAUUUCGGGCAAAACCUGUCCCCAAAUCAACAUAUCAGCCUACAAAUACAUUUGCGACGGAGCAAAAAUACGUAGAAGCCAUGAGGAAAAAGGUGGCGGCGAAGGCUCGGAGGAAGUUUGAAGUUCAGAAUGAAAUGGUCCGAUCGAAGAGUGAAGGAAAUUUGGCUUCAAUAAAACCUCUCGGGUACGUACCUCCAUCAACAUAUAUCUCACCAAUUCCAGUGAAACCAAAUGCCAGAAGCCGCAGUGCAACUAUGAGAGCGACUAUUCUUAUUCAAGAAGCUACUACUCCAAAGGGAAUUAAGAGCCACCGAGCCCAGUCAAACCUAACCCAUCACCUACGUCACGGGCGGUGCACUAUGGACGCCUCCGCCGUCUCACUACACCGGCGGACUUCGCCACCGGAUUUUGAGAAAAUCCAUGCAAAAAUCACCGAUAACUUUCGUAACACAAAUUCAAAACCCUCCACUGUGCCGAUACCUUUCAAAUUCGCAUCCAGAAGUAAAUCAGCAACUUCGAGACACGGAAAUUGUCAAGAACAGGCUCCAAAACCAUUCAAAAAAUCGACUGAAAACUUGCCGAAAACCUCGAAAAAUCGAGUGCCCAGCACUCACGCAACACAACUUCGCGAGGAGCUCAACCGAGCAAAAAUUGAGCUGAAAAAGUCUGAAAAAUCGGGAAAAAACGGGAAUUUCUGGGCUGAAGAUAAUAAGCAGAGGAUUUCCUCGUUUUUGGGAGCACGGAGCAAAACUGAGGAGGAUAUUGCGAUGAGGACAAAGCAGAAACUGCAACAACAGCAGGAAACAACUCAAGAAUACAUGAGGCAGCUGGCCGAGAUGAAGCAGAGAGUGCUCAACGGCCCGCUAAUCAUGGAAAAACAGACGGCCCUGGCGCAGGAGCACCGUCUAAAACGAAAAUUUGAGGAACGCAUGAAAAGCGCCAAGGGGCGAGGUAUAGAAAGGGUCCAAAGCCAGGAAAAGCAGCAAUCAAUCGGGAGAAGAAGCUCAGAAGUUAGUGGAAGUGGAACUUUUGUGGUUGACAAGGGUUAUGAAGAGAGUUUUGAGUCGGAAGACAAGUCUGAAAAGUCUGGAAGUUCCACGCCAUCUGAGUCUGGAAGUGGUUCUGAAUCCGAGAAUGAAUCCAGGUCAUCAAGAAGCUCAAAGCCAAAAAGUUCAAAAUCAACGUCUUCAAAAUCUUCAAGCUCACGAUCCACUUCAUCUUCCUCGGAAGCUUAAAUGCUUGUUAUUUUCUUUCAAUUGACUAGGCUUUUAGCAGUUUUUAUUUCAAAGAGUUUCAGCAUUUUCCAAAAAAUCGAAAUUUUGUAAGACUUUUUUUCCGUUUGACCGCUCCUUUUUUGGUUCUUAACUCAAAUUAGGUGCUUUUUUUUAAUUUCUUGGGUAAAAUUUUCGAAAUUUGUUUUUUAAUAUAAAAUGAUUUAUUGUAAAAUGCUGGAGUUUCAGUUUUUCUUGAGUAAUUUUAAGAUGUGAUUUCUUUGCGAUUUAUGAACAAAUUGGUGAUUUUUAUUCAGUUUUAUUUUUUAAUAAAUUCUCCAUAAAAUUAAA